CACUUUAAGAGGCGGGACGUCAGUGUGACGUAACGCUACGGGUGCCGAAGAGCGGGUUGGGUCAGGUCCCGCCCGUCCUUUCCUCUUACGGGAACCUAUCGUUACUGGGUGCACGGAUUGUAAACAUGGCUGCGUGCACAGCGGAAAGUCUGUGUUGCAAACCCCCAUAUUAGUGACUGUAAAACCGAGACACACCAACAUGGAGACCGAGGAGGAGCAGCACAUGACCACGCUGCUCUGCAUGGGCUUCCCGGACGCGGACGCCAUCCGCAAGGCCCUUCGCAUGGCCAAGAAUGACAUCAACGAGGCGGUGGCGCUGCUCACGAACGAGAGCCCCGGACUCGGCUACGGCUACGAGCCGAUGGAGAGCGGGCCUGGGCCCAGCGGGGACGGAGAGAGCAGCGGGAGAAGUGGGAGUGGUAGCGGGGGGUUUGAUCCACCUCCCGCCUAUCACGAUGUGGUGGAAGGAGAGAAGAACAAUGAUGAGAAUGGGAACUGUUCCGAGGGAAACGUUGAGUUCCCCACCACUAACCUGUAUGAGCUUGAGAGUCGGGUGUUUACUGAUCACUGGUCUAUACCUUACAAGCGCGAGGAGUCGCUGGGCAAGUGCCUGAUUGCUUCCACAUGCCUGGCCAAGCUGAGUCUUGCUGAUGCAGAUGAGAACUGCAAGCGCUUCAUAGACAGAUGUAUGCCUGAAGCAUUCAAAAAGUUGCUGACGUCAAGUGCCGUCCAUAAGUGGGGUACUGAAAUCCACGAAGGUAUCUACAACAUGCUGAUGUUGUUGGUGGAUUUGGUGGCCGAAAGAGUGAAACUGGAGCCCAUCCCCGUUGGCCUCCUGGGAGUGCUUACAAUGGCUUUCAACCCCGACAAUGAAUACCAUUUCAAAAACCGGAUGAAAGCUUGCCAGAGGAACUGGUCUGAAGUCUUUGGUGAAGGAAGCACGUUUGCUGUCUCGCUUAGUUCCAGCUUCCAGAAGGAGCCCCAUGGUUGGCUUGUAGAUUUGGUAAAUCGGUUUGGAGAACUGGGCGGGUUUGCUGCUAUUCAAUCCAAAUUGGGCUCUGAGGAAAUAGAAAUUGGGUGUGUCUCUGCUUUGGUUCAGCCCCUGGGAGUGUGUGCAGAGUAUCUGAACUCCAGUCUAGUACAGCCCAUGCUGGACCCAGUUAUUCACAAAAUGAUCACAUACGUGCAGAACGUGGAGGAAAAAGAUCUGAAAGAUAAGCGGCUCGUCAGCAUCCCUGAGCUCCUGUCUGCUAUAAAGCUGUUGUGUAUGAGGUUUCAGCCUGACCUUGUCACAGUGGUGGAUGACCUUCGAUUGGACAUCCUCCUACGCAUGCUGAAAACGCCACACUUCAGUGCCAAGAUGAAUUCCCUCAAGGAGGUUACUAAGUUGAUAGAAGACAGUACAGUGUCCAAGACGGUGAAGAAUGCCAUCGACACUGAUAAGUUAUUGGACUGGCUGGUAGAAAACUCAGUUCUGUCAAUAGCCCUGGAAGGGAAUAUUGAUCAGGCACAGUAUUGUGAUCGAAUAAAGGGAAUUAUCGAGCUGUUGGGGAGUAAACUGUCUUUGGAUGAAUUAUCUAAAAUCUGGAGAAUACAGGCUGGACAGUCUUCCACUGUUAUCGAGAAUAUCCACACCAUCAUUGCUGCAGCAGCUGUGAAGUUCAACUUUGAUCAGCUCAGCCAUCUGUUUGUUCUAAUUCAGAAGAGCUGGGAGAUGGAGAGUGACCGGGUGCGGCAGAAGCUGUUGAGCCUCAUUGGGAGGAUUGGCCGCGAGACUCGCUCCGAGGCCACCACUGGAAAGGUGCUGGAGGUUCUUUGGGAGCUGGCCCACUUGCCGACGUUGCCCACUAGCCUGGUGCAGCAGGCCCUGGAGGAGCACCUCGCCAUCCUGAGCGACGCCUACGCAGUCAAGGAGGCGGUGAAGAGGAACUACAUCAUCAAGUGCAUUGAGGACAUCAAGAAGAUACUAAUUCAGGAGGAAACAAAAACGCCCAUGGAGACACAAGUCUCUUUUCUAAUGGGUUCCUGGGGCAAGAAGAAACCAUGUUCGAUUUCAAAAUCGUCCCAGCAGAGUAACCCCCAGGCGGUCUGGGUUGUGCCGGCCCUGCGCCAGCUCCAUGAGAUCACACGCUCCUUCAUCAAGCAGACCUAUCAGAAGCAAGACAAGAGCAUCAUUCAGGAUCUGAAGAAGAACUUCGAAAUCGUUAAGCUGAUAACAGGCAGCCUGGUCUCCUGCCAUAGGCUCGCCGUGUCUGCGGCAGGCCCUGGGGGGCUGUCUGGAUCCACGCUGGUGGACGGCAGAUACACUUAUCAAGAGUACCUGGAAGCGCAUCUGAGAUUCAUGGCUUUUUUCCUCCAAGAGGCCAGCUUGUAUCUUGUAUGGAACAGGGCUAAGGACAUCUGGGAGUGCCUGGUGUCUGGGAUGGAUAUCUGUGAACUUGAUCGAGAGAUGUGCUUUGAGUGGUUUACAAAAGGACAGCAUGAUCUGGAGAGUGACGUCCAGCAGCAGCUUUUCAAAGAGAAAAUCCUAAAGUUGGAGCCUUACGAAAUCACCAUGAAUGGGUUUAACCUUUUCAAGACCUUCUUUGAGAGUGUGAAUUUGUCUGACCAUCGUUUGAAAAGACAAGGAACACAGUUGUUUGUAGAAAGGCUGGAUUUGGCAGGGAUGGAUUUUAUCUGGAGGAUAGCUAUGGAGUCACCAGAUGAAGAAAUUGCCAACGAAGCAAUCCAGCUGAUUAUUACCUACAGCUACAUCAACUUGAAUCCCAAAAUGAGAAAGGAUUCGGUGUCCCUACACAAGAAAUUUAUUGCAGAUUGCUACAAAAGAUUAGAGGCUGCCAGUUCAGCCCUUGGGGGCCCUACUCUUACUCAUGCUGUUACCAGGGCUACCAAGAUGCUGACGGCUACAGCCAUGCCUACAGUAGCCACGUCUGUGCAGUCACCUUCCAGGUCUACGAAAAUUAUAAUAAUUGAAAGAUUGCUGUUACUUGCAGAACGAUACGUUCUCACUAUAGAGGAUCUGUAUUCUGUUCCUCGGACUAUACUACCUCAUGGUGCUUCCUUCCACGGUCAUCCUGUGACCCUGCAUGUCACCUAUGAGUCAACUAAAGAUACGUUCACACUGGAGGCACACAGUAACGAAACUGUUGGGAGCGUCAGGUGGAAGAUAGCAGAGCAGUUAAAUAGUCCUGUGGAUAAUGUCCAGAUCUUUGCUAAUGAUAGCGUGUUAACAAUGAAUAAAGAUCAGAAACUGCUGAACCAGCUGGGGUUCUCGGACGAGCAGGGUCUGACGGUGAAGACCUCCGGGACGGGCACUCCCUCCGGUAGCUCUGCAGACUCCUCCGCCUCUGCCAGCAGCAGCAGCAGCAGCAGCGUCUUCAACUCUGCCUACGCCCUGGAGCAGGAGAAGUCUUUGCCUGGUGUGGUGAUGGCUCUGGUGUGCAAUGUGUUUGAAAUGCUGUACCAACUUGCCAACUUAGACGAGCCGAGGAUAACGUUACGAGUUCGGAAACUACUUCUACUAAUUCCCACGGACCCCGAGGUUCAGGAUGCCCUUGAUAACUUUGUCCCCAAAGAGUCAAGCGUAUGGAGUCACCAAAAAACCUUGUUUACAGUGGCGUCGGGAUCUCAGGCUUCGAAGUCCCCAUCCCUGUCCUCAAAGCAGCAGCACCAGCAAAGUGCCUCCUCCAUUCUAGAGAGCCUCUUCCGCUCCUCCGCUCCUGGCAUGUCAACCUUCAGAGUGCUCUACAAUCUAGAGGUCCUCAGUUCUAAAUUGAUGCCAACGACAGAUGAUGAAAUGGCAAAAACCAGCGUGAAAUCUUUCUGUGAGAACUUUCUCAAAGCAGGGGGCUUGAGUUUAGUGGUGAAUGUCAUGCAGAGGGACUCUAUUCCUUCAGAGGUGGACUAUGAAACCAGGCAGGGCGUUUACUCCAUUUGCUUGCAGCUUGCAAGGUUCCUAUUGGUGGGCCAGGCUAUGCCCAGUUCUCUGGACGAAGUGAUGUCAAAGGACGGUGUGGACGCACUGUCCUCAAGGCCGUUCCGGAACACCAGCCGACAGAACAGCCGACAGUUGUCCUUCGGCGGGACCCCCGAGAAAUCCUCCUACCGGCAGAUGUCCAUGUCAGACCGGUCGUCGAUCAGGGUGGAGGAGAUCAUACCGGCUGCACGAGUAGCCAUUCAGACGAUGGAAGUGAAUGACUUCACCUCGACUGUGGCCUGCUUCAUGCGCCUCACCUGGGCAGCAGCGGCUGGGCGCCUUGACUUGGUGGGGAGCAGCCAGCCAAUCAGAGAGAGCACCAACUCCCUGUUCCCUCUGGGGGUGCGCAAUCGCCUCAGCAGCACAGGUAGUAAUUGUAGCUCUGGGAGUGAGGGAGAGCCGACGACCUUGCACGCUGGGAUCUGUGUGAAACAGAACUGUGUGUCCAUCAAAGACACUAUCAUUGCCCGAGAAGCCUUGUCUUUACUGGUUACCUGUCUGCAGCUACGUUGCCAGCAGUUAGGUUGCUUUUAUAACUUGCCUUGUGUAAGUGAUUUCAUUAUUGAUAUUCUUCUUGGAUCACCCAGUGGAGAGAUCCGCAGUGUGGCUUGUGACCAGCUCUACACACUGAGCCAGACGGACACCUCUGCCUAUCCAGACCUGCAGAAACCCAACUUGUUCUUGUUACGGGUGGUGCUGACCGCGCAGCUACCCCUGUGGUCACCAACCAGCAUCAUGAGAGGCAUCAACCAGAGGCUGUUAUCUCAAUGUGCUGAGUACUUUGAUUUGAGGUGCCAGUUACUUGAUGAUUUGACCUCAACAGAGAUGGAGCAGUUACAGAUCAGCCCGGCUGCCAUGCUGGAAGAUGAGAUAAACUGGUUAGAUAACUUUGAGCCGACAUGGACUGCGGAGCUGGAGACGAGUGAAGCCGAUAACAUCCUGCAGGCUGGCCAUUUACGACUCAUCAAAACCCUUUUAUCCCUGUGUGGGAACGACAAAGAACAGCUGGGUCCUUCUCUGAUCCAGCAGUUGUUGGAUGACUUUCUUUUCCGUGCCUCUCGGAUUAUUUUGAACAGCAACAACCCCACGGGCAGCUCAUCUAUCAGCCAGCAAGACUUCCACCCCAAGUGCAGCACGGUAAGCAGUCGCCUGGCUGCCUACGAGGUGCUGGUGAUGCUGGCGGACAGCUCCCUCGGCAAUCUGCAGCUCAUCACCAGAGAGCUGCUGUCCAUGCACCACCAGGCAGACCCUGCGCUCACCAAGGAGUUUGAUUACCUGCCUCCUGUGGAUAGUCGCUCCAGCUCUGGUUUUGUUGGACUGAAGAACGGUGGAGCCACCUGCUACAUGAAUGCAGUGUUUCAGCAGCUCUACAUGCAACCAGGUCUUGCAGAGGCCUUCUUGACGAUUGAGGAGGACACGGAGAAUCCGGAGGAAAGCGUGUUUUACCAGGUGCAGUCUUUGUUUGGGCACCUGAUGGAGAGCAAGCUGCAGUACUACGUGCCUGAGAACUUCUGGAAGAUCUUUAAAAUGUGGAACAAGGAGCUGUUUGUAAGAGAACAGCAGGAUGCCUAUGAAUUCUUCACCAGCCUUGUGGAUCAGCUGGAUGAACAUUUAAAGAAAAUUAAUCGGGAACAGAUUUUCAAGAACACUUUCCAAGGCAUUUUCUCAGAUCAGAAGAUAUGUAAAGACUGUCCACACAGGUAUGAACGUGAAGAAACCUUCAUGGCUCUGAAUUUAGGGGUGACCUCAUGCCAGAGUCUAGAGAUCUCCUUGGAUCAGUUUGUGCGAGGUGAAGUGCUUGAGGGAAGCAACGCCUACUACUGUGAAAAGUGCAAAGAAAAGCGUACUACAGUAAAACGCACCUGCAUCAAGUCUCUGCCCAGUGUCCUGGUUAUUCACUUAAUGAGGUUUGGCUUUGACUGGGAGAGCGGCCGAUCCAUUAAAUAUGAUGAACAGAUUAAGUUCCCUUGGGUGCUCAACAUGGAACCCUACACUGUUUCCGGAAUGGCCCGGCAGGAUUCCACUUCAGAACACGGGGAAAACGGCCGCGGUGGGGAGCAGGGCGGCUCCCCACGGAAGAAAGUCACCAUAUCUGAAAACUACGAGCUCGUCGGGGUGGUCGUGCACAGCGGCCAGGCGCAUGCUGGGCAUUAUUACUCGUUCAUUAAGGAUAGGCGGGGAAGUGCCAAAGGGAAGUGGUACAAAUUCAAUGACAAUGUGGUGGAGGAGUUUGACAUGAAUGAUGAGACUUUGGAAUAUGAAUGUUUUGGAGGGGAGUACCGACCCAAAGUCUACGAUCAAUCUAACCCUUACCCCGAUGUGCGGAGACGAUACUGGAACGCCUACAUGCUGUUCUACCAGAGAAUUUCAGACCAGAACUCUCCGGUUUUACCAAAGAAAAGCCGUGUCAGCGUGAUGCGGCAAGAGGCAGAGGAUCUGACCCUGUCAGCACCGUCUUCCCCUGAGGUCUCCCCUCAGUCAUCCCCUCGUCCUCCAAGAGCCAAUAAUGAUCGCCUCUCCCUGCUGACCAAGCUGGUGAGAAAAGGGGAGAAAAAGGGGCUGUUUGUGGAGAAAAUGCCAGCAAGAAUAUACCAGAUGGUAAGAGAUGAGAACCUCAAGUUCAUGAAGAACAGAGAUGUGUACAACAGCGACUACUUCAAUUUCACAUUGUCUCUGGCUUCUGUCAAUGCAACCAAAUUAAAACAUCCAGCGUACCAGGCAAUGGCAAAGGUGAGCCUGCAGCUAGCUAUCCAGUUCCUCUUCCACACCUACCUGCGCACCAAGAAGAAACUCAGGGUAGACACUGAAGAAUGGAUUGCAACUAUCGAGGCUCUGCUUUCCAAAAGCAGUGAAGGCUGUCGGUGGUUAAUUGAAUACCUGGUGGGUUCUGAAGGACGGGAGCUUAUCAAGAUUUGCCUUCUGGAAAGUUGUGUAAGGGAGGUCCGAAUCGUCGUAGCCACUAUCUUAGAGAAGACAUUGGAGAGUGCCUUACAUUAUCAAGACAAGGGUCUUGAUCAGUUGCUGGAGGUUCUGCUUUCACUGCUGGAUAAGGAUGUCCCAGAAAACUGUAAAAACUGUUCCCAAUACUUCUAUCUGUUCAGCAACUUUGUACAGAGGGGUCACAAGUCGUGUCAGCUGCUUCUACAACAUUCUGCCUACAUGAGAAUGUUAAUCUUCCUACUGGGGCCCAACCGGCAAAAUAACCAGAACCGUCGGUGGAGCUCCGCUCAGGCCCGUGAGUUCCUGCACCUCCACAAUACUCUAGCACUCAUGGUGCUGCACACAGAUGCCUCUGGUCAAAGGACUGUAGCUCCUGGUCAAUACAAGCAGAGCCCUCUUGUCAGCAUCUCCAUGCCUGGUCCUCUCCUCGCUCUGCAUGGGGAUAUAGAGACCCUGCUCUUCAAACCAGAGGGACAACCCUACUUACUGGAGGUGAUGUUUGCAAUGCGGGAGCUGUCCGGGCCGCUCUCGUUUCUCUUGGAGAUGAUCACAUCCUGCUGUUUCUGUAAUGAGCCCUUCUCCCUGGGCGUGCUGCAGCUGCUCAAGCAUCAAUUGGAGACUGCACCCCCCCAUGAGCUAAAGAAUAUCUUCCAGCUGCUGCUUGAAAUCUUGGUUGUUGAGGAUCCACUGCAGACUCAGCGACUGAAGUAUGCCUUUGAGUCUGAAAAAGGAUUGCUAGCCCUAAUGCACCAGAGUAACAAUGUGGACAGCAGCCGCUGCUACCAGUGUGUGAAAUUCCUGGUUACACUCGCCCAAAAAUGCUCCCCUGCCAAGGAUUACUUCAAAGAGAACUCAAACCACUGGAGCUGGGCUGUCCAGUGGUUGCAAAAGAAGAUGUCGGAACACUACUGGACGCCUCAGAGUAAUGUUUCAAAUGAGACGUCCACCGCUAAAACUUUCCAGCGCACUAUUUCAGCACAGGACACUCUGGCCUAUGCUACAGCACUUCUGAAUGAGAAGGAGCAGUCUGGGAGCAGCAAUGGGUCAGAGGAGAGCCCUGCCAAUGACAAUUCAGACAGAAGCCUAAGACAGGGCUCAGAGUCUCCGAUGAUACUCGGGGAUUCAAAAAGUGAUCUAGAUGAUGUGGAUCCUUAGGCCUUUAGUCAAGACUGGAUUGCAUUAAAAGAAUGGAAAUUCAUACAGCCAAUCAAAAUGCUGCAUUGACCCUGGGAGAAGAAUGGGGGGAAAAAGAUAACUAAUUGAAAAUUGAAAAAAAAAAAACUUCGAUUGUCAUCAGCAAGAACCUGCUUUUUUCACCUGAGGUUUCAACAAAAACUAAGUUUUCAAAAUUUUAUUACGGGGCUAAAUGGAGUUUUGUUAUAUAUAGAUGAAUGUCAACCAUUUUCCUGUGUGAAGAUUAGAACUAAAUAUUGAUGCAGAGAUUUUUUUUUCUUUUAUAUUGAAACUCAAGGAGGAGGGAGGGGCAAUGCUUUUUAAAUUUUGCUGAUGUAAUUAAAUAGAAAAUAUUCAUAAUAAUGUAAAGGUUUGUUUCAUAGCUAUAAUUGACAGUGUGUAAGAUAAUAUUUUAAAGUGUUGUGGGGGGAGGGGGGGUGUAUCAUCUCUGACUGUAUUUAAUGCUCUCCAGGAGGUGCUUCUGAACAUGUAACACCAGUUCAUGGUUUUUUCCAUCCUUACUAAGACUGAAUGCAAAAGGUUUUCUUUUUUUUUUUUUUUUUUUUU